AUGUCGGCCAUAGGCAAUCAAGGCGGUGGCGUUGUUCGUGCGCUGCUGGGCUCUGGGUUAACUGGGGGCAACCUAUGGCUUAUUCGGACCCUGACACGAGACCCAAAUUUGGCUAACGCGAAGAACUUGCUAGCUGCCCACCAGACCAUUGACAACUGUCUCACUCUCGUCACCGGGCACGCCCUCGGAAUCACCGCCGAUGACAUGGCCAAGACGUUUACACGGGUAACGGGCGAGGCAGCAGUUCACGAGCCGAUUUCUGCCGAGGAAUUUGCGGAGUUGGCGGUCCCAUUUGUUGGGCCAGCUUUCAAGGAAGACGCCAAGGAAAUGAUGGAAUGGGCCGCUGUGAUGCCGGCGGACAAGAUUUGCUACAGCGCCUUUGAUGCCGAUCAGGAUCAUUCUGUACAGAAUCUAGGCCUGUCAGCAACUUCCUUUAAGAGCUGGCUCUAUCGUACUAGCUAG